AUGAGCAAUGGAUGCAACGACCUGUGGGACGUCUCCCUUCAUGACCUGCGAGCCGUCUACGAUCCUGAGAUGCACCUGUCCAUGCUUAGAGAUUGCCGGCGGCAUGAAUUCUAUGACCAGUGUCUGGCGAGAUGCAUCAACGAGUUGCGGGGCAAGGUCGUCAUCGAUGUUGGCGCAGGGACGGGUAUCCUGUCUGCCCUUGCAGCCAGAGGUGGAGCUGCCGAAGUACACGCUGUAGAGGCCUUACCUGAGCUUUGCAAGCUGAUCCCAAAAGUCCUGGCGGGCGCGCUGCCGAAGGAAGAGGAUCGGCGCCGAGUCGUCGUUCAUUGCGACUUCGUGGAAAAUCUGUGCCAGGGGAAGAGCGCUGCAUGGCCAAGGAACGCAGACGUCGUUGUUUCAGAGUGGCUGGGAAUCCUCGGCCUCAACGAGGGGAUGGCUCUGCCCCUGCUGCGCUGCCGGGAUUCCUUCAACCCGAGGCCGCUCAUGGUGCCUGGCUUGCUGCGGAUCUGGGUUCAAGCGGCGGCUAGCGCUCCAGCUGGGGCAGGACGGCGUUGCGGCCCACUAGCCUGCUCUUCUGAGGUUCUUCUGGGUAGCCCAUGCCUCCUCCUGGAGGCCGAUCUCAACACGUGCAGUGCAGCCGAUCUCUUUGAGGCCCCAGGAAGGCAUCUUUCGCUGAAGGAGAUCGAGAGCGCAGGCUUGGUCGGCUGGUUCGACCUCCAUUGCUCCCGAGAACAUGAGGAUGUGGUGCUCUCAACUUCACC